CGACCGGUAAAGUGUUUCAGAAGCUCAUUGAGAAGGAGCGUGCCGGUGGAUUUUUGGGGAAGACGGUGCAGUUAGUGCCGCACUUUACAAAUGAGGUGGUGGAUGAGAUCUUUCGAAUUUGCCAGAAGACGGUGUGCGAAAGCAACAAAGGGCCGGAAAUCUGUAUGAUUGAGCUGGGCGGUACGGUAGGAGACAUGGAGUCACAACCUUUUGUUGAGGCGUUGCGCCGUCUUCGUUACUCCAUUCCACCGCAAGACUUUUGUCUGAUGCACACAACGUACCUUCCUGUCUUUGGCGGGGCGCAAAAGACGAAACCGACGCAGCACAGUUCACGUACGCUCCUCUCCCUUGGCCUUCAGCCGGACUUCUUGAUAUGCCGGAGUGAGGAACGCCUUUCAAGGGAAGUGAAGGAGAAGCUCAGUAAUCAGUGUGGUGUAAAAAUGUCCGAUAUUAUUGGAGCUCCGAAUGUGGAUUGUCUCUAUGAAAUCCCCGUAGAAUUCACAAAUGAUGGCUUGGUGGAACGGUUACUGCACAAGCUUCAGUUGCGCCCAAAGGUCCCAGUAAUGGAUGUGCCCAGCUAUGGAACAUAUGUGGAGUACACCAGGAUUCUUCGAGACAUGUCAAACCCUCUUGUACGCAUUGCGUUUGUGGGAAAAUACGUUACAGGGGGUGGAGAUGCGUAUUUUUCUGUUCUUCAGUGCUUGGAACAUUGUCAGAUUGCCCUCCAUGUGCGGCUUGAUAUUCUCUAUGUGGAAUCAGAAAUGUUGGAGGGCCCCAACGCGGAGGAGGCCAAGCAGGCAAUUCUCGAGUGUGACGGCAUCUUUGUUCCUGGUGGCUUUGGUAAACGUGGUGUGGAUGGCAAGUGUGCUGCGGUGGCAUUGGCGCGGCACCACAACAUUCCCUACUUCGGUGUCUGUUUGGGCAUGCAGGUCGCCCUCAUUCAAGUGUGCCGUGAAGAGCUUGGGUGGAAGGACGCCAACAGUGAGGAGUUUGACCCUUCCAGCACACAUCAGAUUGUGCGCAUCAUGGACUGUGAUCGCCAUAGUAUGGGGGCGAACAUGCACUUGGGUGCCCGCAAUGUGCAUCUUGUAGAAAAGAACUCCAUCAUGUCCACAAUAUACUCCGGUGCUGACUUCGUCGUGGAGCGCCAUCGUCACAGAUAUGAGGUGAACACAACAUAUCUUGGCCAAUUGCGUGGGGCCGGAGUUUUGAUCAGCGGUGUGUCGGACCCGACGUUUGGUCCGCACACGCGUGUGGAGGCGAUUGAGAUUCCGUCCCUCCGCUUCUUCCUCGCUGUUCAGUUCCACCCAGAGUUUGUGUCGUCGCCCAUGGACCCGUCGCCGCCGUACCUCGCAUUCAUGGCUGCGGCCUCGAAGAAGGCGUACAAAUGGCCGGAAUCGUGCGCCGCACGCCGUGUCAAGACGUUGUAG